AUGGAAAACCAAGCAGCCGGGCGGGCAGUCAUCACUUGGCUCCGUGAGAAUGACGAGGAAAAGAUGGUCGCAACCUUUGACAGAAACUUGGUCGUUCAAUUCGGCGUCGAUGCAAUGAAGAGGUUCGUUGAUAAUGGGAGCAAGCACAAGCACGGCAUUCUGCAUGUCCUUGCUUGGCAAGGCAAGGUCCGCGUGUUGAAACAUUUAGUUCAGCUGUAUGGCUUCGACAUGGAUGUUCAGCGCGCUAGUGACAACUGCACGCCUUUGCACGUUGCAGCUUGGUGUGGGAACAGGAACGUCACACGAGUUUUGCGCCAGUUGGGCGCAGACCCCAGCAUCCACAACAGCUACGGAGAAGUGCCCGACGUCACGGCCGCGGUUGACAAGCCAAUUAAGGUCCGCAUUCUGGGAGCAACCUCUAUCGAAGAUAUCUUGCAGGUCGUUGCAGAGGAGCUUGGUCAGUUCAACCGGCUCGAUGGCAUUACUGCUUUUUACCAGAUUGCCCGCAUGAGCUCCGACUACGACGCAGAAUUCUGCAAUUGGUCCACUAGAGGUCGGGCUGGUGCUAUGAUGUUCCUGCGAAGCCAACGGAACUACGUCAACCUGUUGGAGUUUUGUGCAGACUCUCUCUGCACUCCAUGGCGAGAUGACAGCGUAAGUCUUUGGCGGGCAAUGUUGAAAGCGUUGGCCAUGCUACCUGACCCAGAUGUUAUCAUGAGUUUGUCCAACUGGUUAGGCGAGAACCCCAUGCCUUGCAUGGACAUGGAUGCUUCGGACCUUGCUGUAGUAGCAUGGGGACUUGCCAAGAUAGAGAAUGGCAAGAGCCUGUGGCGGGUUUGUCAUGAUCCCAUGGGGGACGCCCUAGCGCUAAAGCUGGGUGACCUGGCAGAGCGGGAAUUGAAUUCCGCAGUUUGGGCCUUUGCAGCGGCAGGGAGCAAGGUGGGGCUUCGUCACCCAUCGAUGUUCAGAUCAGUUGCAGCUCGAAUCGCCUCACCGCAACGACCCGACUUUGUUUCGGCGCAAGCGUGCAGCAUCUUGAUGUGGUCGUUUGCGAAGAUGGGCGAGCGCAUGGACAGUGAUGCUUUCCAUCGCAUUGCAGCCGAGAGCAUCCGCCUUAUGCCAGAUUUCCUCGACCAAAACGUGGCCAACACGGCAUGGGCCAUGGCAAGACUGCAAAUGAACUACGAGCCGUUGCUUGCUGCCCUGAUGGGACGGGCAGGUGAGACGCUGUACAACGACGUUUACCGGCACCAUGUGAGGAUGUCUGAUACGGUCAAGAAGUUGCAUUGGUUCCAAAUCUACACGGCAUACAUGUUCUGCAGGCAAGAAUGCCCAACGGCCCUCCAGGCCAUCAGUGAGCAACUUGCCAGGGACCUGGGGCAUAUCGACUCCGGGGCUCGCACGACGGAAGGUCUCUCGCAGGGUUCUGGCCUCGAGUCUGUCGACGCCUUGCGCGAGCUGGACAUCAUGAUCAACGAAAUGGAGGCCGGGGUCUUGCUUGAUGGGCCGACUCCGAUUCCCGAAGACAGCAUGGAAGCUGCAACGGCUCUGCACCGGCAGCCAGAGGCUGCCAACGGCAACGCGCAGCGAGCCAGCGAUCUUCUUGCACUGGGGGCAUCGGACCGAGAGCUGCAGGUCGUCAUUCUCAAGUUUGCUCGGAGUCCGGAGGCAUUUCGGAGGGCCCUGCUGGAAGGCCCCGAACUGCGCGAGUGUCGCGAUGCACUGGAGGAGGCAGGCUUUCCUGUGGUGCUUGAGGGUUCUGCGGCCAAGAUCUUCACAAAGCCCCUGCACUACUUGGCCGUUGUGGAGGCCAUCAGCACCAGGCGCUUUUAUUCAUCUCAUGUGAUCGUGGAAGAGGAGUUUGGAAGUAUGGUUCAGGCUGCAAUCUCUUCGAUUCGCAGCAAUGACCGUGUCGUUGCGCGCGCAAGGGCCGCAUUGCAGGCAGAGCUCCCAAGAGCUUGGGACGAGAUCUCUGAGCGAAUGAAUGUUCGAGUUGAGAGGACAUUUAUCACAGUGCGGAUCCCAGCUGACUCCCUCUUUUCGGAGUCCCUGCGGCGCGGAACGAGGUCGCUGUAG